UGCUUUCUCCCCUCCUCUCCCUCUCCCUCUCCCUCUCCCUCUCACCCCCUUAGGCUCUCCCUCCCCCUGUUCGGUCCUGAAUUGCCAUUCUCGGAGCUCGAUUUUCUCGCUGGUUUGAAGAAAACCGACUCUUUCCCCGUCACUGUCACUUCGUGCAAGAGGAGAGACCCUUGAAAUUUUUUGCUAUGUUGCUGAAAAUCUCCGUUUCUGGAGUGGAUCCUGAUUCUUCUUAGCUAGCUCUCUCUGCUGCUUUUUAGUAUUGGUUGGGGGUCCAGCUGAUUAGCAGCGAUCUUUCAUCUCGAAAGGAGUUUCUGGUGGUUGGGUCUUUUGUUCAUCCUUUUAUUCACUCUUUUUGGCCAAAUCGAGGUAUAUAGGCAUUUGAUUUGAAGGCAACUGGAUUGAGUGCUUAAACGAGCUAUACGACCCUCGGCUCGAGGAUCACACUCGCUUGGUUGUCUCUGUGUGCCUUGACUUUAUCAUGUAUAUAUGUGUCCGUUUGGUUGCUUUGAGUGUCGCUGAUCAUCUUCACCUUGGUAAUAUGAUUUGAUUGUGGCAACUCUUGCAUGCUGACCAUGUGAACUGAGAUGAGGAACUAACCUGUAAACGGUUUUUUCUCGAACAGUGGGUGGAAUUUGUAGAAUCGUAACUCCACUAAUCUUUCCUUGACCAUUCAACCCAUCAGGGCCUCCUUACUGAGCAAGCGGUAUUUGUUUUUGUCACAGCCGCUUAAUGCAUAUGCCUCCUCAUGCACUUUCUGUGGAUUUCUUAGUUUUGAUGCAUGUGGUAUUGUCUGAUUCUGAGGUCUUGAAGCUCCCUCAAUUUGCAGGAAUGUGAAGGAGAAGUAGAAGAAUAAGAAGUAGUAGUAGUUAGUAGUGGUAGUACUAUCAGCUGCUGUGGUGGUUUAGUCAUUAUGAUGGAGUCUUGCAACUGCAUUGAACCACAAUGGCCAGCUGAUGAACUGUUAAUGAAGUAUCAGUACAUCUCGGAUUUCUUCAUUGCUCUUGCCUACUUUUCAAUUCCCCUGGAACUGAUCUACUUCGUGAAGAAGUCCGCCGUGUUUCCAUAUAGAUGGGUCCUUGUUCAGUUUGGUGCUUUCAUAGUCUUAUGUGGGGCAACACAUCUUAUCAAUUUAUGGACUUUCAGCAUGCACUCGAGAACCGUUGAAGUAGUCAUGACCAGUGCCAAAGUUUUAACUGCAGCAGUGUCCUGUGUUACUGCCCUCAUGCUUGUGCAUAUUAUUCCUGACCUGCUCAGUGUGAAGACUAGGGAAUUAUUUCUGAAGAAUAAAGCUGCUGAGCUUGACCGAGAAAUGGGCCUCAUUCGCACACAGGAGGAAACUGGUAGACAUGUCAGGAUGCUGACUCAUGAAAUCAGGAGCACCCUUGACAGGCAUACCAUAUUAAAAACUACUCUGGUGGAACUGGGAAGAACUUUGGCACUAGAAGAGUGUGCCUUGUGGAUGCCCACCCGUACAGGGUUGGAGCUUCAGCUCUCCUAUACUCUUCAUCAGCAGAAUCCAGUUGGAUACACAGUGCCCAUCCAUCUUCCUGUAAUCAAUCAAGUAUUCAGCAGCAACCGUGCGGUAAAGAUAUCCCCUAACUCUCCGGUGGCAAGAAUUCGACCUCUUGCAGGCAAAUACAUGCCCGGGGAGGUCGUUGCAGUUCGUGUCCCUCUCUUGCAUCUCUCCAAUUUCCAGAUCAAUGAUUGGCCAGAACUUUCAACCAAGCGUUACGCUUUGAUGGUUCUUAUGCUUCCUUCAGAUAGUGCCAGGCAGUGGCAUGUCCAUGAAUUGGAGCUUGUCGAAGUUGUAGCUGAUCAGGUUGCAGUGGCUCUCUCUCACGCAGCAAUAUUAGAAGAGUCAAUGAGGGCAAGGGAUCUCUUGAUGGAGCAAAAUGUUGCGCUUGAUCUAGCCAGGAGAGAAGCUGAGACAGCAAUACGUGCUCGCAAUGAUUUUUUGGCAGUUAUGAACCAUGAGAUGAGAACUCCCAUGCACGCAAUUAUUGCUCUUUCUUCCUUACUGCAGGAAACUGAGCUCACACCCGAGCAACGGUUGAUGGUUGAAACAAUAAUGAAGAGCAGUAAUCUUUUGGCUACUCUUAUAAAUGAUGUAUUGGAUCUUUCAAGGCUUGAAGAUGGUAGCCUCCAACUUGAUGAUGAAACUUUCAAUCUUCAUGCUCUUUUCCGGGAGGUCCUUAAUCUGAUCAAACCUGUUGCAUCUGUCAAGAAAUUGCAUCUCACACUCAAUUUAGCUCCAGAUUUGCCCGAAGUUGCUGUUGGCGAUGAAAAACGUCUCAUGCAAAUUAUACUAAAUAUUGUUGGCAAUGCUGUGAAGUUCUCAAAGGGUGGAACCAUCUCGAUUACUUCUUUUGUUGCUAAAGCAGAAUAUCUGAGAGAUGCUAAAACUCCUGAGUUUUUCCCAGUACCAAGUGAUACUCACUUUUAUCUGCGUGUACAGGUGAAAGAUUCGGGAUCAGGUAUUAGCCCUCAAGAUCUUCCCAAGUUAUUCACGAAAUUUGCUCAAAAUCAAGCAAGGUUAGCUGCUAGGAGUUCCAGCGGAAGUGGGCUUGGUCUUGCUAUUUGUAAGAGAUUUGUGAAUCUCAUGGAUGGAUACAUUUGGAUUGAAAGUGAAGGUCUUGGUAAAGGAUGCACUGCCACUUUCAUAGUAAAACUUGGAAUCCCUGAGCAACUAAAGGAAUCAAAGUUCCUUGUAUUGCCCAAGGUGCCUGGCAAUCAUGUCCACGCCAAUCUCGCAGGGCUCAAAGUUCUUGUCAUGGAUGACAACAGCGUUAGCAGGGCAGUUACCAAGGGACUUCUUUUGCAUUUGGGAUGUGAUGUGACGACAGUUAGCUCGAGCAGUGAGUGCUUGCAUGCUGUCUCUGAAGAGCAGAAGGUGGUUUUCAUGGACAUUUGUCUGCCCGGCAUGGAUGGCUAUGAAGUCGCGGUACAAAUACGUGAGAGGUUUGCGAAGCGACAUGAAAGGCCGCUUAUAGUUGCACUUACUGGACAUGUGGAUAAGAUGACCAAGGAGAACUGCAUGAGGGUAGGGAUGGAUGGGGUGAUCCUAAAGCCGGUUUCUCUUGAUAAAAUGAGGACUGUUCUGUCAGAUUUAUUGAAACACCGAGUAUCGUUUGAGGCUAUCUAGGGGGUGAGCUCUGACCAUUUCUAGGAGCAACUUUAAAGGGUCCCAAUUCAAGGUGGUCCUCUGUCUCUCUCUCUCUCUCUCUCUCUCUCUCUGGGGUGUACAUACUACAUAUCACAACAAAGCAUUGGAACGACAUAGCAGAAAAGAUGAGGGGUGCUACAACUACUGCAAAAAGCGGCCAUAUAUGAAUACUUUUCUGUAAGAAUUGGUCUUGUACGUGUUAAAGCAAGUUAUGGCCGGUAGAGUGGAAAAGAUGUUUGUUUGUUGAAACCGAAAGAGUAUCUUGUUGAAUCGUGAACAUAAGUUUGUUCCAUCCCUGUUAGCUGUUAUGAAUCAGGAGGUCAAGUGGCACUGACGAUCGAUCGCUGACCUUUAUGUCUUACCAGAAAUACAUAAUGGUUUGUUACAUGGCUUA